CGCCGGACGCGGGCGGAAGUACCGUGGCCCCGACGUUGUUGGGGCAGUGUGGCCUUCCGUCGUCCGAAAUCCGCCGUUGCUUGUGCGGCGAAGAGGGGCUGGGGGACGUCGGGGCGGGGAUUGCAGCGGAACUCUGCCGGAGUGAGGCGAGGAGAUCACCUGGGACUCGGCUCCCCGCCCAAACACUAGGGAUCGCGGGCCUGCCCACCUUGUACCUCCUUCACGGCCCAAGGGCCGGCUGCAGUAAGAGAACGUAAAAGGAAGAUAAAUUUCUUUUCUAUAGAAUGAUUGAGGCUUUGAUAAGGAGAGCCUGUGAAGAAAGCGGUAUUUCCCUGAGGCCUGUAUCCUGCCUUGAUUGACUUUUCUUGAAGUAUUAUAAAUCAGGAUGUCUGCACAGUCCGUGGAAGAAGAUUCAAUACUUAUAAUCCCAACUCCAGAUGAAGAGGAAAAAAUACUGAGAGUGAAGUUGGAGGAGGAUCCUGAUGGUGAAGAGGGAUCCAGCAUCCCCUGGAACCAUCUUCCUGAUCCAGAGGUUUUCCGACAGCGAUUCAGGCAGUUUGGAUACCAGGAUUCACCUGGGCCCCGUGAAGCUGUGAGCCAGCUUCGAGAACUUUGCCGUCUAUGGCUCAGGCCAGAGACACACACGAAAGAACAAAUCUUGGAGCUGGUAGUGCUGGAGCAGUUUGUUGCCAUCCUGCCCAAGGAACUGCAGACCUGGGUUCGAGAGCAUCAUCCGGAGAACGGAGAGGAGGCAGUGACAGUGCUGGAGGAUUUAGAGAGUGAGCUAGAUGACCCUGGACAGCCGGUUUCUCUCCGUCGACGAAAACGGGAAGUUCUAGUAGAGGAGAUAGUAUCUCAAGAAGAAGCUCAGGGAUUACCAAAUUCUGAGCUGGAUGCUGUGGAGAACCAGCUCAAGUGGGCAUCCUGGGAGCUCCAUUCCUUAAGGCACUGUGAUGAUGAUGGUAGGACUGAAAAUGGAGCCCUAGCUCCAAAGCAGGAGAUUCCUUCAGCGGUAGAAUCUCACGAAGUUCCGGGCACUCUCAAUAUAGGUGUUCCUCAGAUUUUUAAGUAUGGAGAAGCCUGUUUCCCCAAGGGCAGAUUUGAAAGAAAAAGAAACCCCUCUCGAAAGAAACAACAUAUAUGUGAUGAAUGUGGAAAACACUUCAGUCAGGGCUCGGCCCUCAUUCUCCAUCAAAGAAUCCACAGUGGGGAGAAACCCUACGGAUGUGUUGAAUGUGGGAAAGCGUUCAGCAGAAGUUCUAUCCUCGUGCAACACCAGAGAGUCCAUACUGGAGAGAAACCCUACAAAUGUCUUGAAUGUGGAAAAGCCUUUAGCCAGAAUUCUGGGCUGAUUAAUCAUCAGAGAAUCCAUACUGGGGAGAAACCUUAUGAAUGCGUUCAGUGUGGGAAAUCUUACAGUCAGAGCUCAAAUCUUUUUAGACAUCAGCGAAGACACAAUGCAGAAAAACUUCUGAAUGUUGUGAAAGUUUAAGAAAUUACAAAAAAAAAUCAGCACUCAGGUCUUUUUCUUCAGAAAUGAAGACAAAAUUAAAAACAUGAAAUGAUACAUAAUAGUUUUAUUUCCCUAUAUAGACGGUUAGAAAAUCCACUGGGAAAUGUAGAAAAUCUUCACCCACCAUUAUUUUAUUUUACCGUGAAAGAAAUGAUAUCAUACCUGCCUAGAAACUGAAAUUUUAAACUUAAUUCAGGUGUUAAUGCCUAAAUCUUCCAUGUGAUGUUUAUAUUCUUAUUAUUUUUCCAAAUAAUGAACUACCUGAUUCUUUGUCCCUUAAAAGUUUCUUUUUUAGACAGACAUUGUUUCUGUGUUGAUCAUUGAAAUGUCUUUGCAAGGAUACAUUCCCUUCUACAUUAAAAGGCAACGUAGGAAUUAUAAAAUCUGAAAACCUAAACGCUUUUUUUAAAAUGUACCCUUCUGCUUCCUUUUACCUAACUUGGAUAUGCAUUCAGAAAAUAGAAGAUAAAGGAUGACCAAAAGCCUCAAAGUAAAAUGAGCCUUAAAACUCAGAUGAGAAGUGAUGGUGAUAAAACAUCAAAAGUGAAUGGGACACCUAGAUUGGGGAAGAUAAAACAAAUACCAUGAUCCAGGAAUUGAAGUAUAUCAAGAAUUUAUCUCCAUUUAAUUAUCUGCCUGCAGGAAAACUCAAAACACACUUACCUUGUCUGUAAUUUGAAGGCAUCCUGCUAAUGAGAAUGUUCUGUGUUAUCGGUAGAAAGUGGACAGUGAACAAUAAGCAGUUGUAAACUACAAGAGUAGAAAUCUUAACACUAGGGAGGAAUUUGUAGUGAACAGCAGUGUUGAAGGGCAAAUGUAAACAGAAGGGUAAUGGUCUGUCUUGGCUUUUAGAAAACAAAAGAGACUUGAAGAUCUAAUUUAUUUUGCCUUUCUUUUGGUGAAGGACAGAAAUGUCCAUGACAGGUGGGCAACAAGUAUCAGGUUGGCUGUUUUAUUCCUUUGGUACAAAAGGGUUGCACAGCAGGCUAACAGAGCAGCCAUGCAUUUAUUAUUAAACAUUUUCUACCGACGAGGCACUGUGCUAGAUACUGUAACCCUACCAUGGGUAGGUAGAUGUUUCUUCCACUGUAAAUCAUCGGGGGUUUGGUCUAAAGCUGUUUCAUGUGAGUGAGCUGUUUCCCUCCAUUGGAGCAGUCCUGGGGGAGGUCACCUCUGAGAUUCCCGGAGCCAUAGUCCUCCUACCAGGGUGUUGUCUUUGGGGGAAAGGAAGACUCAGCUCAGAGAGCUGGCCAGCUCUCCAGCAAUCAUCAGAGGUGAGUCCAAGAUACUCCAUCAUGGUUUGGAGGUUUGUGGGUCUUUUAAAAAAACUAAUCAAUCUCUAGUAGCAUUGAGGUUGUACUUACAUGUUAAGUUGAAUGGAUUGUUCUAUUUAAAAAAUAAUAGGUUAUUAACAACUAGUUUAUUAACUAUCAGAAUUGAUUGAACUAUUUUUUUUUAAUUUUAAGUCUUAACACAUUUUAAAAAAUGUAUAAAAGUAAUACAUUCUAGUAGUAGUAGGCUUAUAUACUCCUUGGCUGAGAAUCCCAAGUACUGUGGUUUUACUGUUUAGUGGAAAACUCUGGAAGUUAAAAUAUAGAAUAUGAGAAAAGGCUUUUUUAUAGUGGGCAUUAAUUGUGUGGAAAAUGACCCAUGUGAAUAAAAAGAUUUCAUAGUUCCAGAGAUUUUGGUUACAUCUGGUGCUUGGAUCAAAUUUAAAAAAUGGAAGGUGAGAUUUGCAUGAGCCUGUUAAAAAGCAUAGUAAUAAAUGCAAGGCCAGCUGGUGGAAAAGUGAGGCAGAAUGGAGCUUGUUUAUAGAUUUUUCUGAUAACAAUUAAUUAUAAGAAAUGUGCUUUAUAGAUUAAGAUUUAUUGAAGUAUAAAUAUGUAGUAAUGAUAUAAUGUAUUUUAAGUUAUACAAGAAAAUGUAGGGACUUUUGUUUGGGUCUUUUUCUCUUUGUGGCUGAGAGGAAACAAGUCAAUGUCCAAUAAAGCUAUAAACUCCUCCGCUCUAAGAUAAAA